AUGAAAGCUGGCACCCCUGGCACUACGAUAGCUGGCACCCCUGGCACUACGAUUGCUGGCACCCCUGUCACUACGAUAGCUGGCACCCCUGGCACUACGAUAGCUGGCACCCCUGGCACUACGAUAGCUGGCAUCUCUGGCACUACGAUAGCUGGCACCCCAGCUGGCACUACGAUAGCUGGCACCCCAGCUGGCCCUACGAUAGCUGGCACCGCUGGUACUACGAUAGCUGGCACCCCGGGCACUACGAUAGCUGGCACCCCUGGAACUACGAUAGCUGGCACCGCUGGCACUACGAUAGCUGGCACCGCUGGUACUACGAUAGCUGACACCCUGGAUGCUACGAUAGCUGGCACCGCUGGUACUACGAUAGCUGACACCCUGGAUACUACGAUAGCUGGCACCCCGGGCACUACGAUAGCUGGCACCCCAGCUGGCACUACGAUAGCUGGCACCCCGGGCACUACGAUAGCUGGCACCCCGGGCACUACGAUAGCUGGCACCGCUGGUACUACGAUAGCUGGCACCGCUGGCACUACGAUAGCUGGCACCGCUGGUACUACGAUAGCUGACACCCUGGAUGCUACGAUAGCUGGCACCGCUGGUACUACGAUAGCUGACACCCUGGAUACUACGAUAGCUGGCACCGCUGGUACUACGAGAGCUGACACCCUGGAUACUACGAUAGCUGGCACUACGAUAGCUGGCACUCCUGGCACUACGAUAGCUGGCACUCCUGGCACUACGAUAGCUGGCACCCCUGGCAAUACGAUAACUGGCACCCCUCACACUACGAUAGCUGGCACCCCUGGCACUACGAUAGCUGGCACCCCUGGCACCACGAUAGCUGGCAUCCCUGGCACGAUAGCUGGGACCCCUGGUUGCCAGGGGUGCCAGCUAUCCAACAUUAUCUAA